GUGCAGCUAAGUGGGAAGCGAGAACCAACCAACCAACUUGUGUGUUGGGGUCUGGGUCUGUGUCUUGCGUGCUGUGUCGUGUCUGUGUGUAUCUCACUCAAAGAAUGAAUCAACCUACCUACUUACACUUUGUUGCUCACUGGCCGUGCCCAUCCCCGAUCCCCUGGCCGGCCUUCAAUCCACACGCACUCUCUCACUGUCAGUCUGUCUGUCUGUCUGUACACACACACACGCACCGCAUAUCAUAUCAAUGAUAUCUACAAUAACCCAUCCCUCCCUCCAUCCGCCGACACACACUCAGUGUUGCGAGCCCCUCCCUCUAGAGCUACAAGAAGACCACUAACACAGUCACCUGCAGGCACCACACCACAAACAACACGUCGCACACGCGGACACACACAUACGUACGGCUGUAUGUAAUCAGUCACUGUCUGUCUGUCUGUCGGUCUCCCGCAGUCAGUCAGUAUACGUUUGUUUGUCCUGUCUUACGUACGUUGUCCGAGGUGCCUCUGACGAGUGCUUCCUCCACCAGCAUCCGCGACACUAUCUCAGACAUCAUACGGAUGUCCUGACAGGACCGAUGGAUCCGAUCCACCGAGGAGAUGGAUGAACCGACCAUAUGCAUAUGUGUAGUGAGUGUACCAGACGCAACGACCGCUGUUCUUCCUCACUGACUGACUGACUGACCCACCCACCCACCCACCAGGUUGGGCAGGACUUUCUUGAGCUCCUCCAAACCCUCCAUCACCUGAACCAACCAACCAACAGUGAGUGCAAUCCAUGGAUGGGAUGGAUGCCUCGCGGGCUCUGUGUGUGCAUAUGUCUGUUGCCACUCAUCUAUCUAUCUAUCCAUCUAUCUGCCUACCUACCUACCUAUCUGCCUACCAAGUUGCACGCUGUUUGGUCGUCGAUCACAUCCCAUAGCUGACCCGACCCACAAUCAUACACACACAUCAUGUAUAGGGUGGAGCGAAACAACCCCAGUCCACCCCCUGUGUGUCCCUCCUCUCCCCUCCCCUGCCUGCCUGCCCCUCCCUCGCUGAGUGACUGGCUGACCCCGUCGCAGGCCACGAUCAUGAACAUGUCCCCCUUCACUACCACCUCCGCUGUCACGUCUGCAGCAACCAGCAAACAACCACAGGACAAGACCGCAUUCAUUAAUGCAUGGCUCGUUCGUUCUGUGUGAAUGGGUUAGUGUGGGUGAGGCCCCCCCCCUGGACCCACCGGGCACGUUUGAGACGAGGCUCUUCUCCCGCUCGGGGGCCUUUAGCUGGUGAUCCCCAAACGCACGGCUGAUCGCCAGCAUGCCUACACCCGACGGAUGGACGGACACAAAUAGACAACAGAUAGAGCCACAGCACCCCGCCCCACACCACCUACCUACCUACCUACCUACCUUGAACUCGUUCGUUGAAUACGUAUCCGCCGGCCUGUAUGACCCGUUUGGCCUCCUCGGGAUCCGUGGCCUUGUGGUCACUCAUUGAGGUCAGCCGAUGCGCCUUGCCGCCACGACUGCACAGUCCACAAAUAACACAGGCAGGCCCACCGCGUGUGAAUACAGACAGACAGACAGACAGACAGAGAGAACCGGUGUCAAUACAUGAGUUUCCUUCCUGACUCACUUGAGUACGGCUCUGGCGUCUCCGAGGUGUGCGGUGUAGACCUUGCGGACGCCCUUCUCCUCUUGAACCAAACACACACAGGCCGUCGCACCCGACGACUUGACACCUGCACUGACACCUGCACUUAAGUACCCAUCACAAUCACACCAAUCAAUCAGACCGCCGUGCACACCAGUCAGUCAGUCAGUCAGUAGUUAGUUGGCAUAUGCAUACAUACAUGCAAUCAAUAAUCCCUUUGUUUAUCUAUCCAUUUAUCUAUUUGUGUGGUGGAUGGGCUGGCUGGGUGGUACAUAGCAUCCAGCUGUGAUAGGUGUCCCCUACGUACGCAUGUACCCGCGUCCUGCAGCAUGUUGUCGUCAGUGGCGAUGAAUGCACUGAUGAGUGCAGCCCUGGGCUCCGCCGCAGGCUUGCGCAGCUCCUCCAGCACCUUGUCGUGCAGGUGGGUCGUCACGAACUCGACUGCCUCACGACCACCGUGGCCGUCAUACAUACCUGCAGCCACCACGGGACCCACACAGUGAGGGCACACCGCUGUGUUGGCGCUCCUCUCCACUGGCUGCCAACACAAGUGCCCCGGCUGGCUGGCUGGCUGUGUGCCUACCUAUCUAUCUACCUAUCUGCCUCCCUCCCUGCGUACCUAUGAAUGCAGAUUUCUUCCUGCCUCCGAAGCAGUCUACGAAGACCCAUCCGUCCUCCAUCUCGGCCCGGGUGCCCUGGUCCUCCGCCCACCCCACACAUUUGACCGCAUCGCACUUGCUCGUAUAACCCAUGAGUCGAGGCGAUAGUUAGUGCACAACACGCUAAGCUAAGCUGCGUUGCAUUCAUCCAUCCCAUACACACACACACAUGACAUGACAGCUGAGGGCCGGUGUGUUCGGCCUCUUUCUUUCUCUAAUCCGUAUUGCGUGCUGCAUACCUGUAAUCGUUGAUUCCUUCCGAUUUCC